AUGCAGCCUGUGUGGAUCAAUGAAUGCGCUUUCGCUGACGACAUCGUUAUAUUUGCUAGGAACGAAACAGAACUUAAAAGAAAUCUCAAUACAUGGAACAACAAAUUAUCUUCCAAAAACCUUAAAAUAAAUGAGAACAAAACAAAAAUAAUGAUUAACGGAAAGAGUGAAGAAAUGGUUAACAUAGAAAUAAAUGAUCAAAUAAUAGAGCAGGUAAAUUCUUUCAAAUAUCUGGGAGUCCAAAUAGAAAGCCAUGGACAUCAAAACCAAGAGAUAACUGCAAGAGUCCAAAGCGCUGCAAAUCUAUACCAUAGCAUAAAGAACACAUUUCUAGGUAAAAAAGAGGUAUCAUUGAAGACCAAAAUCAGCGUGUUUAAUUCAGUAUUCGUACCAAUAUUAACAUUCGGUAGUGAGAGUUGGGUUCUCACCAAGAGACAAGAAAGCUUAACACAAGCAGUAGAAAUGAAAUACCUACGAAAAGUGCUAGGGGUUACGAGGAUGAAUAAACUACGUAAUUCCCAUAUUAGAGAGCAGCUGAAACUCCAGCCAGUACUAACAACUAUCGAAAACUGCCAGUUGAGGUGGUACGGACAUUUGAAAAGACUCAACAAAGAGAGACCAGUAAGAAGAGUAUGGGAGGCAAAAAGGCAAGAAAAAAGGAAAAAGGGUAGACCUGCAACUACUUGGGAUCAAAAUGUUGCAAAAUUACAUAAAACUAGAGGGAUCGGCUGCGCCGAAGCAGCAAGCAUGGCCCUGGACAAGAAGAAGUGGCAAAAUUUUAUUUAUGGAAAGUAG